CGCGAAGAGACAGACAGAGUCCAGAAUAAAAAAAACUGAUUGGUCUUAUUCAAAUUUAAAGGGAUUAUUCCUAUCCCAUCAUCACACACACACAAAAAAAAAAAAAACACUCUCUGCGUGUUGUGAUUGUUCCAUUUGCCCUAGAUCUUUCUAUUCCAAUCAUUACAUUUGAUUUACAUGAAUCUUUGAUCUUCCUUCCCUUGGCUUCAUCUCAACCUUCCAUUCCAGAUUUCUCUGCAUCAAUCUAUUUGAGGUUCAUUGCAGGCUAUCUGCACUUUGUUUCUGUUUGUUCGAGGGAUGGUGAAUAUGGAUGAAAAGGAGAUUAAUUCGAGGUGAAAAUUGUGAUGCUUUUGCUUAGAUGAAGACAGAAAAAGUUUGGCGGCUAACCAUGGGUGAUAUGCACAUAUUGCCUAGUUCUCGACACCACCGUCCUCCCAUGAAGAAGCCAAUGUGGAUUAUUAUCUUGGUGUUAUUUGUGUGUGUCUUUCUAAUAUGUGCUUAUAUCUACCCACCACAAAACAGUUCAGCCUGUUAUGUCUUCUCUUCUAGAGGGUGCAACAGUUUUGUUGAUUGGCUUCCACCUACUCCUGCAAGAGAAUACACGGAUGAGGAGAUUGCAUCGCGUGUCGUAAUCAAUGAUAUCUUGAACUCGCCACCAAUUGUUUCAAAGAAUCCAAAAAUUGCCUUCAUGUUUUUGUCACCUGGUUCUCUGCCACUUGAAAAAUUAUGGGACAAGUUUUUCCAAGGUCAUGAAGGAAAGUUCUCUGUUUAUGUGCAUGCAUCCAAGACUAAACCAGUUCAUGAGAGCCGUUAUUUUGUUAAUCGGGAUAUACGCAGUGACCAGGUGGUGUGGGGGAAAAUUUCUAUGGUUGAUGCAGAGAGAAGGCUAUUGGCAAAUGCCCUUCAAGAUCCAGACAACCAUCAAUUUGUUUUACUUUCUGAUAGCUGUGUGCCUCUGUAUCAUUUUGAGUAUAUCUACGACUAUUUGAUGCAUACAAAUAUCAGCUUUGUAGACUGCUUCAAAGAUCCUGGUCCUCAUGGGAAUGGCAGAUAUUCAGAUCACAUGUUACCUGAAGUUGAGGUGAAGGACUUUAGAAAGGGUGCACAGUGGUUUUCUUUGAAGCGGCAGCAUGCUAUUAUAGUUAUUGCUGAUAGCCUGUAUUACUCAAAAUUCCAGGCUUACUGUCAGCCUGGUUUGGAUGGGAAAAAUUGCAUUGCUGACGAGCAUUACUUGCCGACCUUCUUCCAGAUUGUUGAUCCUGGUGGAAUUGCAAACUGGUCACUAACUCAUGUUGACUGGUCUGAGAGAAAAUGGCAUCCAAAAUCGUAUGGGGCUCAUGAUGUUACUUACAAGCUUUUGAAGAAUAUCACAUCCGUUGAUGUGAGUGUUCACGUAACAAGUGAUGAGAAGAGAGAAGUGCAAAGUUGGCCUUGCUUAUGGAAUGGGAUUCAGAAGCCAUGUUACCUAUUUGCUAGGAAAUUUCCUCAUGAAACACUGGAUAAUUUAUUGCAUCUAUUUUCCAAUUAUUCAACACCUUGAGCCAGCUAGCUAUUUUGAUCCAUUCUUUGGUCCGAAAAGAUGUUGCUUUCGGCCCCCAUCUUGGUUUCCCAUAUGAUAUGAUGAGAGGUGUAAAUUUCAGCAGAUAUUGAGUAGAGAGGUAAACUGGCAUUGCAGUUAGGGUGGCCUAACGUGGAUAGGAUGCUAACCAUUUAGUGUUAGUUCCUUGGGGAUAUGGUUGGAGGACCUAUUUUUUCGCCCCUUCCAUUUUGGGUUAUGAGUUUUAUAUUUCACAUGACAAAUUUUUGGGGGAGAUAGAUCAGUUCAUCUUACCGUUGUUGGUCUUUGUAGAACUUGCAAGUUAUUUAGUUGAAAAUACAUGUUACUGUACAUUUAGAAAUUCAUUGGUCAAUUCUUACAAGUAACAAUUUGAUGCUAUGUUGCUGGCCAGUGGCCACUUGUCAAUAUUUUUUUGUUUUUUGUUUUGGUGUAAGCCUCUUUCAUUGUUGAUUCAUUUAUAAAUUAUGACUUUGAAAUUUA